CUGCGUUAGUAAACCCCUCUAGUGCUGGAUCCGCUGGUCAGAAGAGCCCCUGAAUCCAGCGCAAAUGUUUCCAGCCUCCCCUGCGUGUGCUGCGCGCUCGGGUCGAUGUUGCGCAUUUAACACUGUCCACACAUGCGGAAUACACAGUCCUCUUCCCCUGAAGAAGUGCUGAAGGGGUCACUCCCAUCUCUGUUCGGACUACUCGACAAACCCGAGAUUUUCUACGGAGAUUUCCAUUUCUCUGGACAAAGGAUAAAGAGCCAAAGAAAGGGGAAAGUGCGCUGGAUGCUUUUGGAUCAUGCCGCGGAGCCCCAUGUCUAGUGAGGAGGAAAUGGCUCAGAGUUUUUCCGACUCGGUCAGUUCAGACUCAGACAGCUCCCGAGAUGAGCCUCCGAGGCUGGACCGACCGACCAGUGGCCGUCAGGACAACAACACUACGCUUAUCUGUGUGGUCAUCCCUGACCUGCAGCAGUCUAAAUCCAUGCGCUUCAGUCCUGAUGCCACCGUGUGGGUUGCUAAGCAGCAGAUCCUGUGUACCCUCACCCAGAGCCUGCGGGACGUGCUCAACUACGGCCUCUUCCAGCCGGCGGUGGACGGCAGGGAAAGCGGAUUCCUGGAAGAAGAGCGGCUGCUCAGAGACUAUCCGCUAUCCUCCACUAAAGGCAUCCCCACUCUUGAGUUUCGCUACAAGAGCAGAGUGUACCAGCAGCCAAAUGUCAACGAAAAGCAAAUCGAAAAGCUCCACACACAGGUCAACCUGAGGAAGUUUAUGGAGUACAUUCAGCAUCAUCAGGUGGAGAAAGUGGCCAAGAUGUUGGAGAGAGGGCUGGAUCCCAACUAUCAUGACCCUGAUACUGGUGAGACCCCGCUGACCCUUGCUGCUCACUUGGACAAUAUGCUGGAGAUUAUAGUGACUCUAAAGAACGGCGGGGCUCAUUUGGACUUUCGCUCCCGGGAUGGCAUGACUGCCCUGCACAAAGCAGCCAGAGCCAAAAACCAGAUCGCUCUCAAGACAAUGUUAGAUUUGGGAGCAUCUCCAGACUAUAAAGACCGGCAGGGUUUGACCCCGCUGUACCACACGGUGACAGUAGGUGGCGACCCCAGCUGCUGUGAGGUCCUGCUGCGUGCCCAUGCCAGCGUCGGGUGCCAUGAUGAAAACGGCUGGCACGAGAUCCACCAGGCAUGUCGAUACGGACACGUCCAGCAUCUGGAGCAUCUGUUGUUUUACGGAGCGGACAUGCAUGUGGAGAACGCGUCUGGAAACACAGCUCUUCAUAUCUGCGCUCUUUAUAAACAGGAAAAGUGUGCCAGGGUGCUUUUGGUCCGCGGUGCAAGUAAAGACGUGAAGAACUAUCGAGGACAAACGCCUUUUCAGGUGGCAAUAAUUGCUGGAAAUUUUGAGCUUGCAGAGUUCAUAAAGAACCACAAAGAAGCUGAUAUUGUGCCUUUCCGGGAGGCACCGGCAGGCACAGGACGGAGCAGGCCGUCGCAGCAAUCGCCGCUGCAGCACCAGGGUAGGAGUACUCUUGCCGCCCCGCGAGUGCUGCUCCGAUCCAACAGCGACAACAACCUGAACGUCAACAAGCUGUCGCUGGAGCGCUCACGCUCGCCCUCUCCUGCCGCUUCACCCCUGCGCAGCCUCUCGCCCCGCCACCCCCAGCAGAUGCAGAACAGCCCAAAUGGCACGGUGAAAACCAUGGCCCUGGGCGGGCGCUCCGCCCGAAGCCGAUCCCCUUCCCUGGGCCGGCUGGGGGAGGGAGACACGCGGAGACAGACCCCGCUACGCCACAGCAGUCCGCGUGCCAACAGAGAUGCCUUUUCCGGCAUAGAGACCCCCGGGUCCAAACGGAAGCUGUACAGCGCUGUGCCAGGAAGACACUACGUGGUGGUCAAAUCAUACCAACCGCAGGCCGAGGGAGAAAUCGUUCUUUACAAGAACGACAGGGUCAAAGUUCUCAGUAUUGGAGAAGGAGGAUUCUGGGAAGGCAGUGCCCGAGGGAAUGUAGGCUGGUUCCCUGCGGAAUGUGUGGAAGAGAUCCCGAGCAAACCCAACGAGGACAGGCCCUAUGCCAGAGCGGACCGUUCAGAGAGAAGGAAGCUCUUUCGACACUACACUGUGGGAUCUUAUGACAGUUUUGAUGCAUCAAGCGACUGCGUUAUCAACGAAAAGACUGUCGUGCUGCAGAAGAAGGAUAACGAGGGAUUCGGGUUCGUGUUGAGAGGGGCGAAAGCGGAUACCCCCAUUGAGGAGUUCACUCCCACUCCAGCCUUCCCUGCGUUACAGUAUCUGGAGUCUGUGGAUGAGGGAGGGGUGGCAUGGAAAGCUGGUUUAAGAACAGGAGACUUCCUCAUCGAGGUGAACCAGGAUAACGUUGUCAAAGUGGGCCACAAACAAGUGGUCAACAUGAUUCGUCAUGGUGGCAACCACUUAAUCAUCAAAGUGGUAACGGUCAGUCGAAAUCUAGACCCUGACGACACGGCUCGAAAGAAAGCGCCACCGCCACCACGGAGGGCUCCCUCCACAGCCUUGUCCAUGCGUUCAAAAUCUAUGACCUCAGAGCUAGAAGACCUAGUGGAUAAAGCCACUUUGAGGAAAAAGAAGGAUAAAGUGGAUGAAGUCGUACCUCCUCAGAAACCCAUAUGGGACAACUCAAAUGCAGAAGUGAGAGUGGCGACGGUCAAGCCACGUCCAACUAGCAAAUGUUUUCCUGUCAGCCCUGAAAUGAAUUCUCUCUGCAAUAGUCAGGAUACAGCAGUAGAUUCGUCACCACAGCCAGGGAGUCCUAGAGGCCCUUUUCUGGGUCUACCAAGGGGAACCAUACGGCGGCAAACAUCCAUAGGAGUAACCGAAGAAGAGAAGCAGUUCCUUACUCCUCCAAUGUUGAAAUUUACAAGAAGCCUUUCGAUGCCUGACACAUCAGAGGAUAUUCCACCCCCACCAGCUAUCUCCCCUCCAUCUCCACCUCAUAAUAAUGCUCCUGUCCCAGCUGGUCGAGGAUACGGCACCAUCAGAGCAGGUUUUACUUCACAGAGUCCUAAUGCAAACAGCACAGCCCCGGAGAGAGGAGAAGGUGCUGGGUGGAGAGAUCAGGGCAAGUAUUACAGAGACAAUCCCGAGCAGUAUGAUUCUGAGGGGUACAAUCACAGCCCCACGGCCCAGCAGAGUCUUCAUAUGCGCCGUGCCCAAAUCCCUGAGAACCCUUACUCAGAUGUUGGUAAGAUGGGUCAAGCUGGACUGUUUGUGCCCAACAAGCCUGCCAGAAGAAAGGGAAUGCUUGUCAAACAGUCCAACGUAGAGGACAGUCCUGAGAAGACCUGCUCCAUUCCUAUUCCGACAAUAAUAAUCAAAGAGCCCUCCACCAGCAGCAGCGGCAAAAGCAGUCAAGGAAGCAGCAUGGAAAUUGAGACGACCACUCCAGAUCACCCAGGGCAGUUGCGUCCUGAAGAUGGCCUAAAUCCAGGCAGUCCAUUUGCAGCUGCCAUUGCUGGUGCUGUCAGAGACAGGGAAAAAAGGCUUGAUUCUCAUCGCAACUCACCAUCUUUUAGGUCUACAGAUGCUGGUGAUGAAGAUGUGGUUCCUACACCUACCCCAAGGCUUCGACACUCCAAGUCUAUUGAUGAGGGCAUGUUUAGCAGCGAUGAGCGGCUGCGUAGGCUCAUGGCACCUCCCUCAUCACUUCUUAGCAUCCCUAGAGGUGGUGGCAAUGUGACAGACUUCAACAGUCCCGAACCCACCAUGGUAAGGGAACUGUUGAACACUCGUACAGGACACAGCCCAAUCAGUCUGCCUGCUCAUAAGACCUACAGCUCAGGAAGUGGGAAUUACGUUCACCCAGUAACAGGCAAGCCACUUGACCCCAACUCACCAUUAGCUUUAGCAUUAGCUGCCAGAGACCGAGCCAUGAGGGAUCAAUCACAGCCUCUUCCAUUAAAAAGUGACCCAUCCAAACUUGAUCUCAAUAAACCGCUUUUCAUCGACACCAAGCUUAGACCAAAUGUGGAGGUUGGCUUCUCAAGUACUGCUACCAUGGGCCGUCCCCGUGGGGGCUUGAGGAGGCAGAUGACUGAGUCCAAAUAUGAGACAGAAUCCAAGUAUCAGCUCGAUUUGGGCAAGCCCGAAAAGAGGCCUGAGGAGAAGAAAAACAUGCUGAUUGACAUUGUGGACACUUCUCAGCAGAAGUCAGCUGGUCUGCUGAUGGUGCACACCACAGAUGGGGCAAAAUCUGAGGAUAACAGCUUGUCAGAGGGCGAAAGGGACGAGGGAGUGAGUCCCGACAACACCCCUGGGGAGCUUCGCGACCCCAACCAGCCAGCUCCCACCAACCCCCCAGCCCCCAAGGCGCUAUCAGCUGCUCCACAUGGCAAGACCAUUAUAACUGUUAGCUCAGUGGAUGAGCCUGUGAAGCUGCCCUUCGGCAUCCCUCCACCGCCCUUGGCCUCUGUCGACAUCGAUGAAGAGUUUGUGUUUGCAGAACCCUUACCACCCCCACUGGAGUUUGCCAACAGUUUUGACAUUCCUGAAGACCAGGCAGGAAGUAUAGCUGAACUACUCAAACAGAAAGCAAAUGGUACAAAAGGGCCUUCUCUUGCUCCCUACUAUCCCGCGUUAGGUGGAGGGCAUGCUGAAAUCAAAAGAUCAACAGUCCUCACAAAUUGCACACCUCCCAGCUUCCCUCCUGGGCCUCUAGAGCCCUAUGAACAAAUCACUGACUCGGGCAUUGAGGUAGACAGCCGGAGCAGUGGUGACCCCCAACUGGAGACCACCAGCACCAUCUCUACUGUGUCCAGCAUCUCCACCCUGUCUUCUGAAGGAGGUGAGACCCUGGAUACGUGCACCGUCUAUGCAGAUGGACAAGCCUUUCUGGUGGACAGGUCUCAAAUCCUGUCUAAACCAAAACCCAAACCUGCCAUCAAGAGCAAUGCACUUUACAAGGACUCUUUGCCUGAGGAGAACGUAGGCUCUUUCAGAAUGCCCUCCUCUGUCCCACCUCCACCCCCUGGAUCUAUUCCACCAGAACCCUUGAAAACCCCAACGCAACGAACCUCAAAGCUGUGGGGUGACCCUCCGGAGAUGAAAGGACCCCAUGGGCCUGAAACCAAUUCAGUUCUGCAGCAUGUGAACAAGGACAAAGCACCAAAGCCAGGGGAAGCGUUAGACUCUCCGACUGGAUCCAGGACUCACUUUGGAACAAGAAAUCAGGAUGGUGUAUCCCUCAUCUCAGGUACACAGCAAAACACCACCGUUACCUUCACUGCCCAGCCUGGCCCCAACGUGCCUGCCCCGUCACCGUGCCGACAGGCAGAGAGCCUGCCUCCCCACCACCACACCCCAAGCCCUAUCAUGUCCCCACCGGACUCUGGCCUCAGCUGUGCCUCUUCCCUCCCAACCUCGGCCACUUCCCCCACCAUGACGGACGUCUUUGGCCUGCCCACACCGCCCCUCAGCCUGGGCACAGGGCGUAGCCGCUCCCCUUCCCCACUCACCCUCAUCCAGGCUGCAUCAAAUAAGCCCUUUGCCACCAAACCUGUUCUCUUGUGGAGCAAGCAGGAUGUGGCCGACUGGCUCGAGAGCCUGAACCUGGGUGAGCACAGGGAUGCCUUUAUGGACAAUGAUAUAGAGGGCAGCCACCUGCCAAACCUGCAAAAGGAGGAUCUGAUCGACUUGGGUGUGACUCGUGUGGGUCACAGAAUGAACAUCGAGCGGGCGCUUAAAGUCCUUUUGGACAGAUGAGACUGGGCGAGACGUCCUCCACAGGACUCGGCGCAUCUUGUUCAUAAGCUUCGUUUUCCCUCUUCCCUUAUUUCGGUUCACUAAUUUGAACACUUUGUUGUCCUAUCAUGCUUUCGGUGGAUUUUAGGAACUCUCACAUCCUGAAGAAACUCAAGCGUUCAAAAUAUCCGCGCAAGCACAAGCGGUUCCCUGCAUUUAUGUUCCAAGAGCUCCAGCACCAGAGAGGACAUUGAAGCCAACACACUGUAUGGAAACUACAAACAUGAGCUGACUAUCCUUUGGCUUUUAAGGAUUUUGGCCUCCUUUGAAUGCACUGAAACCAGCAGAGCUGGGGAUCCAUUUUCUAUCUUUGCUAAGACAAUUCUACAGAGAAUAUUUCUUCAGGAAAAAAGGGAACCUUUGUCUAUGUAUCAGCUGCCUAUGAAAUAAAUAUCUUGCUUUUUUUCCCUCCUCAUACACCUUCAACCAAGAGGUACACGAAUCUCUGAGAUGCGAGCAUUUAGACAUCCCUCAGUUCAUUCGCUGACAGUCCUAGAAGGGCCGUGGUCACUUGAAACAGAGUUAAAAUCUCCUUACGUGUGAACAACGUAACCGUAGCAAGCAGCAGGUCUCUCCACCAUUGUAAUAAGAUAACAUUGGAUGUUUGUUUGAAUGAUCAACAAUUCUCUUGGGUCUUUCUGAAUUGUGGUUUACUAUUAGGUGUCUUCCAUUCGGUAAGGAGGUCAACUGCAUUCCCAGCAACAUUGUAUUUGUACCUUCAGUCAACACUAGGUUGCGCUGUUGCUACUCAGUAUUAAUUUCCAGCAGUUUUUGAAUUGAAAAAAAAAGGGUCUUCACAGGAAAACAUGUGAAUGCUUCAACAGAAUCGAACUGAAUUCAAGUAGAAAUUUGGUUUUGUUGAAUUUGCCAGCUUUGAGUUGAAUGCUGACACAAUCACUCUGAAAGGGCCAGUAUGUAUGUCUUUUGCUUUAAAUGUGUGAUGAAUACUUCAUUUAUUUCUUCAUUAUUCUUAUUAAUCUUCUUAUUAUUUUUAGUGUAAUUCUAAUUUGAUAAAUCAUUUGAUUGUUGGGUGGUAAAAAGAAAUGUCCAAACUCCAGGAAACCUCCUUAAUCUAUACAUAUCAAUGUCGUCAAUUGUAACUGAUACAGGACUUCAUAUGUGUAUAUUGUUUAGUAGUAUUUAUUUGUUUUCCUUUUAUCAAAAUUUGAUUUGGGUGGUUUUUUAUUACCGUUAUUAUUGUUUGCAACUCAACCAUUGCAACAAAUUUGAAGUGGGAUCACCGGGUGUAAAUUCAAAUUUUCAGUUUUGGUCAAAAAUCAAAGUGCUUUUACUUUUUAUUUCAAGUCCUGCAAUUCUUUUGCUUUGCUGGGGGAGGUUAUGAUUUUGCUGUCUUAUUAUGUUAUUAUUUUUAAAAUGUAACUGCAAUGUGUGCCUAUCCGUGUUGCAAUUUGACACACCACAACAUCUCUAGGUCCUCUAAAGUUUAGUUGUGAUUUUCUCAUUGUUAGACUUGUUUUUUUUUUUAGAGAUCUAUCAAUCUCAUUUGACUGUAAAUGCCAUAAAAUCCCACAGGUAUGGACUGGAAAUAAUAUUCAUAUUCAUGAUUAAAUACAUCACAGAGACACGAAGGGACAGCCAGCAUUACACAUUUCACCUUCAGUAUUAAGUUCAAAGCACUGUGGGUAACGACAGAACUGAGGGAAAGGCGAUAGAUGUGGAGAAUGGCUGUGAAUGAAAUGAAGUUGAUAAGCGUUUAAAGUAUGCAGUGAAGAGAUUCAGAAAUAAAUUAUAUAUAUAUAAAUAUAUAUAUAUAUAUGUUUGCUUAUCUCUCGACCUUAGAGGAGUUAGAGUUAUCAUCUCUAUAUAUCUUAUUUUAGGAAACAGCACAGUAUUUUAAAGAUUUAUAGAAAUAUUUAUGAAAUUUUUAUGACAUUUAACUCUGAUAUGUGGUGUGCCAAAAAUCUAUGUGGUAUCAGUAAGAAGCAAUACACAAAUUUAAAGAACACUGUUUGGUCUUUCUUUGCCAGUAUUCCACGGUACAGUAUACUAUUAUGAACUGAAAUUUACAUAUACAUAGGUCUCAGUGAAUUAGAAGAUAUGAAAAAUAUUGAGAUAAUGGCUGUCACCUGCUUCUUUUAGACUAUGUAAUUAAAGAAAGAAGUUCAAAUGUAGAUUUGUGUGGUGUCUAUACUUGACGGAAAAACUAAAUGAGCACAUAUUUUAGCCCACUUACCUAGCAUGCGGUCACAUUUACCUCUGCUCUGAGAAAUUUCGCGGGCGUUUCGAAUUGGAAUUGCCGCCGAAAUCAGAUGAACAAACUGAAAACGUCGUCACACCUCGCUCGCUGACGGUUAAAAAAGGAGAUGAACAGGAGUAACGUUAUGAUAAAACGAGGAGGAUUUAAGGUAUUAUUAAUUGUGAUUAUUUCUAACCAUUUUUAACAUUUAAUUUACGUAAACAUAAUAGUUGGCUAUUUUCUUGCUACUACCUUUUGUAUCAAGUAGCCAACUUGUAGCUACUUGUUAGCUACAAAUGCUUAUUGAUAUUAAAUGCUAGCCUGCUAAUACAUAAAUAUUGGGUAGCACUUAUUAGACAGGCCACUAUACCACUUAAUAAAUACCAAGUUAUUGUACAAGUACUUCAUUAAACACUAGUUUAGUUACAUUAAAUAUCAAGUUAUUGUACUAGUACUUCAUUAAACACUAGUUUAGUUACAUUAAAUAUUGUUAUUGUACUAGUACUUCAUUAAACACUAGUUUAGUUAAAUUUUAUUUCACACCAAAAGUAUCUGAAGAACAGUUAAUGACAAAAAUCUUAAAUUUGCUAGUAACACUGAUGGUUCGUUAUUAAUUAGGCCCAUAUAGUCUAGUAUUUAAUAAGUACUAGUCUAUAUUUAUAGAUACAAUAUCAGUCUCUAAAACUGAUAAUUCUGUUAUGAAAAUAUUAAUUUGAAUACCACCGAGCAGGCGAGCACAUGAAACGUAAUGAACUGACCUGUUGAGCGUCACAUUUGCCCGCGAAAUUCCUCUGAAACAUGGCAUGUGUAACCGUAUCUUUACAGUAUCUGAAAGCUGACUUUAUAUUUCUGGCAACUGACAGUGGCAGCACUGAAACCAUUUGUGUACGAAGAAUCCUAUUUUGAAAACGCAAUUUUAUAACAUGAAGAUGCAGAAAGGGCCUGUCUAAUUGGAGCUGGAUUUCUGUUUCUUCUUCAUAGAUGUCUCUCACACACUUCUUGUGGGGAAUGCAUUCACUUGAUCUAUGUUGCUGUAAUUUUGUGCUAAACUAGAAUCCAUGAUUAAAAUCAAAGAUAGAAAUUAUUUGUGACUGCACUUUUCCUCGAAAUCCCUCGAUACUAUAUGUAUUUGAAGCAACCAAAACUUUACGGGACGAAUAAAUAUGAUUGCACAA